AGGAACGUGCAAUGCACGUGCCCUCUACCGUUAAUGGAGUAAGUUUUUCAGGGAGCGAGGGGUAGCCUGCAAAAGAGAACACAAGCGCAGCGAGGAGUGAGCACUGAGAAGUGAGGAGUGAAGAGUGAAGCUGAAAGGAGAGACUGCGGAAGCGGGAACGAGUAACGACUCUGAGAGUGAAAACCAAAUCAAAUUGCAGAUAGAUCAGAAAGCCCUAAAAUCUCUUCAACUGUUCAAAAUGAGUACAAUGAAGUUCUGCCGCGAAUGCAACAACAUUCUUUAUCCGAAGGAAGAUAGGGAGCAGAAGAUUCUCCUCUACGCUUGUCGCAAUUGCGACCAUCAGGAGGUUGCUGAUAACAACUGUGUCUAUAGAAAUGAGAUACAUCACUCUGUUGGCGAGCGUACUCAAGUCCUGCAGGAUGUUGCUGCGGAUCCAACACUUCCUCGUACAAAAUCUGUUCGUUGUGCUAAUUGCGGUCAUUCAGAAGCUGUCUUCUUUCAGGCUACUGCUAGAGGAGAGGAAGGUAUGACACUGUUCUUUGUAUGCUGCAACCCAAACUGUGGCAAUCGCUGGAGAGAAUAGACAUUGCGAUCCAAGAUUUGUCCGACUGAUUCUGAAUCGAAGUUGAUAGCGUUGAUGCGAUGGGAUUGACACAUUUGUAUCUUUGGUUCUUUUCUGUCACGACUAAAGACAUGAAGAAAAAACUAAUGGAUUUGAUGCUAUGGUCAAUGACAUGUAAUAGCAUGGGGGGCUCUCAAUUAUAAGAUAUAUAUAUAUAUAUAUAUAUAUAUAUAUAUUUUGGCUUUAUAAAAGAAUUUCGUUUUUAGGG